AUUAAAAUUAAACAAGAACAACAAAGUACAAAAGCUUUUUCAUUUUCUUGUAUAAGAUCCAGUGCAGAUGAUCUCGGUUCUCCGAAGAAUUUCUGCAUCGGCAUCGGCGUCUCGAUUCUUGAACCUCAUGAGCAGCUCCCCACCGCCCCCUCCUCCUCCGUCGCAGAGGCUGGCGGCGUUGGCUCAGCAGCUCCGGCUGUACAAGCCGCCGCCGCCCGAUUCCGAGGACGCCGAGGAGGAGCGGAUCGAAGAGGCCGCCGGCAAGGUCGUGUCCCAAGUGGGCUUCCCGGAGUCGGCGACCCCGAUCGCUGGCGACCCGGGAAGGUUCACGCCCAAAAGAGCCGCGGUCUUGAUCUGCCUCUUCGAAGGCGAUGAUGGGGAGUUGCGGGUCAUCCUCACCAAGAGGUCCUCCAGAUUGUCCACCCACUCGGGUGAAGUAUCACUGCCAGGUGGGAAAGCAGAGGAGGGUGAUAAGGAUGAUGGAGAUACUGCGACAAGGGAAGCCAAUGAGGAAAUCGGGUUGGAUCCUUCCCUUGUCAACGUGGUAACUGUACUCGAGCCAUUCUUGUCCAAGCAUCUCUUGAGAGUCAUUCCGGUGAUAGGCAUACUUACCGACAAAAAAGCAUUUAAACCCAUCCCAAAUCCUGCAGAAGUGGAAGCAGUAUUUGAUGCUCCGUUGGAGAUGUUCAUCAAGGAUGAAAACCGAAGAGAUGAAGAGAGAGAGUGGUUGGGCAAUAAAUAUAUCAUUCAUUUCUUCGACUAUGAGGCGGGGAACAAGAAGUAUUUGAUAUGGGGGUUGACGGCGGGGAUUUUAAUAAGGGCUGCAUCAGUGGUAUACGAGCGGCCACCAGCUUUUUUGGAGCAGAGUCCGAAGUUUAGAGUUCCUAGAAUGGUAAAUGAAGAUACUGUAAUGCCUUAAAUCUGGCUAAAUUGCUGACAAUACAUAUUCAAUAAAAGCAAGAAUCUAUUACUGCUGGAUUGAAUAUGCUGAAGAGAAGUGCUUAGAUGUACUCUGCAGUACUAAAGCAUUGCAAAUCUCAAACUUAAUGCUUCUGCUUGAUGCUCUUAGUGAAGAUGUUGAUCAAUUUUUGCAAAGAAGAAAAUAAAUUUCAAGCAAAGACGUGCCUUGUAUGAUUAAUAUCAGACAAAUAUCUUGGAGUUGACUCAUUAACUUCUCUCAGGCGAGGGAAAUAACUAAUCUUUGUCGACUAUUUCUACUCUGCUCGAGCUUUUCCAGGUAAGUGCUUGCCUUCCGUUAGCCGUGGAUUAAUCAUGUAAUAGAGUUUGAAGCUUGCCUCCACUUGUUGAAGUAAUUGCUCUUUAGUGGAUCAUAAUUGUAUCAUCCAUUCGUGAAACCCUGCUAGCCUCACUUAAUUUCUGUUUUUUUUUUUUCCCCUUUCUGAUUAUGGAGUCUUUAGCUAGUUAUGAUUUGCUAGGUAGUUUCUCAUCAUUGAGGGGCGAAAUUGAGAGAGACUUAGUUUCAACUAUUGUUUGACAUUAAUUGUUCAAGAUCCUCCGCACUUUUCACUCCAUCGAUUGUGAACUUUGAUGUUGAAUCUUUAUUCCUCAUAGAGGCGAGAAAGUAGUGGGUGAUAUUGCAUCUC